AUGUCCUCCAAAGCUGAUGUUAACGUCCCUACCGACGUGAAGCAAAAAGAGAAGGAUAUCAACCAGAAGCUCCAGCUAUUCGGAAUCUACCAUGCCUUCAAGAACAGCAAGCUUCCCUCGAACAAGCAGUGUGAUAUCGCAUUGAACAGUGCUCUGGCCUCCAAGGCCCUCUCCUCUCCAUCCAAUGAGCUUUCUAGCGAGGGCAAGGUCCUGAUCGAGGACUUGCGCAACGUCAUUGAACAGGCUAAGCUCCUGUUGCUCACCAAGAACGAGGGCGAGCUGUUGCAAGACUUCAUCUGGCAAGCUCAGAAUAUCAACGCCGGUGAUGUGAAGGGCCCCGAUAUGCCUGUGUCUAAGGAGGUGGGCCAGCAGGAUGCCAAUAAGGCUUUGGAGGGUCUCAAGACUCUCGGCACACUUCUGAUCACCAACGGAGAGUUCCGCAAGAUCUUGAGCGAUGCUGUCCUUUUGAUCCGCGAUAUGGCAGCUGAUGCCUCCCAGAAGGCCGCCAACGUGAUCCGCCCUCCUGAGGCGCAAUUGGCUCAAAUUGACGAGCCAGCCGAGGAGAACACCUGGCACGAGAAGCCUAAUAUCUCCAAGGAGGACAUCAAGAAGCGCUUCAAGAAGAGCAAGGGUGACAAGGAUAGCGUUGCCUCGCCCUCCAUCACCCAGGCUGCCGAUACUACCGAAGAUGGUGCUUCUGUGACUCCUUCAGAGCAGAGCCGCCGAAAGAAGUAUGGCCAGCAAGCUCGGGAGUACCUGUCCGAGAAGGUUCCCAAGGAGCGCCGCGAGCAGGCCAUCUGGCGUCUGAAGAAGAUGAUCAUUGAGAUUCAGGGCCACGCUGACUACCAGCAAGCCAUCGAGACUCUGCUGAGCAUGGCCGAGAAGUACGCCGGCCACACCAAGACUGCCACCGCCCAGAGUGGCAGUGCUGUGCGUGACAUUCGGUCCAACGACAGCGUCAAGGCUGUUGAGCACAACCUGCGCACCCUCAUUGAGCGUUUUGCCAACAACACUUCUCUGUCUGACUUCUUCGAGUCGCUGAACAACAUCUACCGCGAUGCAGACAAGGACCCUGAGCUGCGUGGGUGGUUCUCGAACAUCGACACCUACAUUCGCAAGUGUUUGCGUGAGCAGGGCUUCAUCAUGGAUAAAGAGGCUAACCGCCAGUGGAACGAGCUUUACGACAAGGGCCGGUACCUCCUUCGUGAGCGCUACCGCACCCACACUGACCGCAUUGUGGACGAGACCAAGUUCAUCGCGGAUCAGUUCGACAAGGACCCUCAAAACAAGGCUUUCGCAGAGUCCAUUCAGAAGCUAUUCUUGGACCUUGGCCGUGAUGCCGACGGCAAGGUUGUCUUCAAGAAGCAUCUUCUCAAGGAUAUUCGUGACGUUAUCCUGCCUGGCAUCAUUGAGAACGUUCGCUACAUCCCUAUCCCUCGUAUUGAGGUCUCCGAUCCUACCGUCGAUGUGGUUGUCGAGAACCUUACUAUUGAGAGUGACAACCUGAUGCCCAACGUCGUCGAGUUUGGUAGCGACAACUACUUCCGCUGGGGCCGCAAGAAGAUCCGCAGCAAGCGUGACAACAAGAUCAUGAUUGCCGCGUCCGGUAUUCAGGCUGACUUCCGCGAUGUCAGCUACUACAUCAAGAAGAAGCAGGGUUUCCCCUCUAUCACCGACAUUGGUGUCAUGGACAUCAUCCUGGGUGGUGAGGGUUUCGGCUUCAAGAUCGUCGCAUCGACCGCGAACAAAGACGACAAGCAGCACUUCGUCAAGCUUGACAAGGUCUCUGUGAACAUCAAGAACAUGGACAUCAAGCUCAAGAAGUCCAAGCACAAGGUUCUCUUCGCCACCUUCAAGCCCAUGCUCUUCCGUGUCGUCCGUCCCGCCCUGGAGAAGGUCAUCGAGGCUCAAAUCCGCAAGGCAUUCAGCGACGGCGAUGCCUACGCCCACGAGAUCCAAAAGGAGGCUCGGCGCGCCCAGGAGGCCGCUCGCGAGGACCCGGAGAACGCUCCUAGCAUGUUCUCUCGCUACGCCGACGCCAUGCGCGCUCGUGCCCAGGCCAAAGCCAAGAAGGCCGAGGGUAUCGUCAGCCGCACCAAGGUCCAGACUGUCAUGACCAUGCACGACUCCAUCUUCCCAGACAUCAAGCUGCCCGGCGGUAUCUCCAACAAGGCCACCGAGUACGCCGAGUUGGCCACCAAGGGCGAAAAGUGGGAGUCGGCCAUCUUCAGCAUUGGCGAUGCCUCCGAGUCUACGAACAUCCCCAGUGCCGGCGAUGUCACCCGUAAGCCUCACGCCACCGCUGCAGACCGUGCUACGAAUGGCGGCACAACCACUCUCCCCGGCGCCAACGGUACCAAGGUGGAGGGUUACCCUUCGCGAGGCUUCUCCGAUGAACUCGACGAGGCCUUUGUCAAUGACAAGACCAAUGGUCUAGGUGCGGGUAUCAAGCAUACUCCCAACGGUACUAACGGCAUCACUCGCGCCGCCGACGGUCCGGCCGCGGUGUUUUAA